GUUUACUUUUCCCGCGCCAAUCAGCAGCCGGGCUGCGUCAGUCUUCUGGUUUCCUUGCGCGUGCGGCUCUUCAGGGGGCCUGAAAGAUGGCCCAGAAACUCCUCCUCAGGCCCUUCCUGUCCAUCCCUCGCAAGCAUCUCUCUGUGCCACUCCGCUCCCCGCCUUCAUCGCUACUCUCCAGGGUACCUACUGUGCCAAGCUGCCCCAUCUUGUGUGGGCCCUCUUCCGCCAUUGCUGCGCCUGCUGCAGCCACUAGGACAUUUUCUACUACUCAGGUCUUCAGAGACACCUUUAAUGUCCAAGAUGGGGACGACUUCCAAGACAGAGUUUUGAAGAGUCAGAAGCCAGUGGUGGUAGACUUCCAUGCACAGUGGUGUGGUCCCUGCAAGAUCCUGGGGCCCAGGCUGGAAAAGAUGGUGGCGAAGCAGAAGGGCAAAGUACUGAUGGCAAAAGUGGACAUUGAUGACCACACAGAUCUGGCCCUUGAAUAUGAGGUUUCGGCUGUGCCUACGGUCUUGGCUCUGAAGAAUGGCAACGUGGUGGAUAAAUUUGUGGGGAUCAAGGAUGAGGAUCAGCUGGAAGCCUUCCUCAAGAAACUCCUUGGGCCUUGAGCUAGCAAGGACAGCAGUCACUGAGGCCUCUUGCAUUUUGUCCUUCUUGUCUGUUUGCUUGGAGGGGACUUGUGGGUCAGAGGAAGUGGAUGAUGCCAACUUCUUUCCCCUUCCCUAUCAGGGGGUGGAGGGCAGCGACACUCCCAGGAGGUUUUGAGUUUGAUGGGAAGGCUGGUCACUUGAUGGUGGAAAAAUGGCCCCACUGCCUGUUGCCCAGUAGCCAGUGGCAAGGGAGAGACAUUUCCUCAUCCACCCUGGUCCAGGCUAGAAUCAGCGUAGUUAAUUGGUGCCUAUAAGGUGGGAGCAGAUUUUGUCCAGAAUUCUGUCACUCUGCUUUCUCUCUCAAAUCUUUGUCCUGACUUGAGUGUGGCGCCUGCUGAGGUAAAAGCAUGUGCUGUGGGUCUCAUUUAAACUGGGUUAUGUACCUAGCUACUUUGUAUGGCUGGGAGUCCACCUUAAAUGAGAUGCCAGGUAAGUGCAAAAAGCCCCCAUGAACAGAUGCUCUUGCCUUAUGUUUAAAUCAGUCCUGUGUCUUCUCUCUAGAGUUGGUUUUAAACCAGUAUGGGGCUUUUGGGUUGAUACCACAGCCCCCUUGUCCUCCCCCCCCCCCCCACUCCAGUGCACUGCAGUUUAUAAACUGGAAAAAGAUUAACACUGUUUGGAUUUUUUUUUGGUAGCUCGAUAAUAAAGACUGCUUUAAUUA